UGUGUUCGCGUAACACCGCUGCCCGUUCUUUCUCUUCCCUAAAGGGCAAACUGAACCGAAAAGCAACGCCAGAGAAGCACAGAUCUUGUAGAAAUUCGGGAUUUUUCAGGAACUCUCUGGAGAAAAGGAUCAUGUAAAACCAAAAGACAGACCAAAACCACACAGAAACCCUCUUUCACUACUGAAAUGGCCAUUAAAUGCAGUUUUCAAGCUUUGAAGUCCCUAGAAUAGUCUGGCCCAUGAAACUGAAUUAAGAAGAUGGAGCUUCAUGCUGGCUAACAAGAACUUUCCCAAGACCUUUUUGUGUCAGAGAGAGAGAAGUUUCUUGAAAUGUUGUACUCUUCGUGGAGAGAAAUAUUGAGAAUAAGAAUGUGAAGAAAACCUGUAAUGCUUUGCCAAGUGCCAGAGAAGCCCAUACUAGUGUCUCUAGCAUCUUGCCUUCAGAGCAGGUUUCACCACCUAAUGUGUCAGAUCUUCCCGGAAUUUUGCCCAAAGUAGUGCAUCCAGAAGCUGGACCCAAGAACAGGAGACCAGGCACUGCAAUAGUAGCAAAACAGUCUUCAAACAUAUCUCAGAUGCCACCAAAUCAGCCCAUCAUCCCACAAAGAAGACCUUGCUUCAAGAUAUGCUGUAUCUGUGGCAGAGAAUUUGGAUCACAGUCUAUAUCUAUACAUGAACCCCAGUGCCUAGAGAAGUGGUGUACUGAAAACUAUCAGCUACCAAGUCAUCUCAGAAGACCUGAGCCCAAGAAACCUGUGGUCCUUACUGGUGGUUCCUAUACGCUUGCAGCUGAAAAUGAGGCAGCUUAUCAGAGUGCUCAAGCCCAGCUCCUGCCCUGUAGAAACUGUGGCCGAACCUUCUUUCCUGACCGUCUCAUGGUGCUGGGAAAGUGUUGCAGAGGAGGUAGCCGCACUGUAGGGCAAUCAAGCACUAGCCCCACUAAAUCUGAUAAAGGCCCAGGCUUUGGGUCUGGCUCAGCAAGUGAUCCAUCUAAGACCAGUCAAGGAAAGAGUGGUGCUGCACCAGCCACAUCAGACAAGGCACAAGUGAUAAGACAGCCACCAACAGUGAUUUGUUACAUAUGUGGCCGUGAGUAUGGAACAAAAUCAAUUAGUAUCCAUGAGCCACAAUGCCUGAAAAAAUAGCACCAGGAGAAUGCCUUGCUACCCAAGCACCUGAGAAGGCCAGGGCCCAAAAUACCUGAAGUCACACCUGUGCAAGCCAAAGGUUUCUACGAUCUCAAUUCUUUAAAUGAGGCUGCCUGGAUCAGCGCCCAGAACCAGCUCGUUCCAUGUGAUGUUUGUGGGCGUACUUUUCUUCCAGACAGACUGAUCGUCUACCAGAAGUCCUGUAAACCAAAACCUGCAACAUGAAUUGGAUGUAACACACAUGCAUAUGUAUGCAUGCAUACUCACACGUGUGUGUAUGAGUGUGCAUGAAUACACACACACAUGCACUCAUACAUUUCAGCCAAAACACGAGAGAAAUAAAAUCGAGCUGGGGAGUCAUGAGCAUCAAAACUGUAGUGUGUUAUCAGAUCACAACUUCCAAAAGCCUCCAGAGUAAAAUCAGUUGUUACUGUGUAGUGUACGAUCAAAUAUGGUGAUUUUUUAGCAGUAGCAAAACUUCUUCUUCAUUUCUGUUGUUCAGAUGGCCUCACCUAAAAGCCACAGUUUGAGAGGUUUGGCAUAAGAAUACUUGAAAGUAAUAUGAACUAUUUUCUUU